AUGGAUCUGAUGGAGGGCUUCUAUCAGAUCCUCAUGCGUGAGCGGGACAUCCCGUACAAAGCAGUGAGCACCCCCAUUGGUAUGCUCUGGGUGUGGCUAUAG